AUGGCCGAGGACGAAGUCGUCCGGGACUUCAAGAAGUCGCUGAGUAGGAACGGCUCUUUGCGGCAGGGCCAGGCUUUCGGCCAGAACGACGACUUCCAGGUCCGCUGCCAGCGCUCUCCUAGCCUUCCGGAGCUGUCAGUCGAGCCCUUGUUUCCGGAACUUGGCCGGGCCAGCGACAUCGCGCAACCAGGUGGCUUCCGACGCGAGCAUGUCUUGCGCCGGGCACCGAAUGCUGCGGCGGAGCGACCGCUGCUCGAGUCGAUGCUUGACCCGCGGUUGCAGCACUAUUUCGCGAAGAAUCUGGAGAUGCAGGCAGAGUCCUCCUCGGCAUCGACCGUUAGCGUGGGCGCCUCCAACCUUUCGACGGUGCUCGUCAUUCUCAAAUCCACCGUGGGUGGUACUCUGAUCAUCAUCCCGGGUGCCUUCUCGCGGACCGGUAUCCUUCUGGCUCCUUUGGAGCUGAUUUUCAUCGGCGGUGUGGAAAUUUACUGCAUGGUUCUCCUCGUGAGGUGUGUUCGUGCACUUGGUGGUGGAACCUACGGCGACAUAGCCAGGCGUGCCAUAGGGCCGAUGGGGAGUUGGGCUGUGGAUCUGAGCAUACUGCUCUCCCAGACCGGCUUCGUCUGUUCUGAGAUUCUUUAUGUGGCGCUCAAUUGCCACGGCGCUCUGAAGGCGCUCAAACUGUCAUCUCCCUUGUGGUCCGAAGCAAACAUCAUCCUUCUUCAGCUGAUUGUUGUUAUCCCCAUGUCAUGGAUUCGGCAGCUCAAGUACUUCCAGGUAUCUAACCUCAUUGCAAACACCACGGUCCUUCUGGCCCUCGCCAUCUUGCUGACUUACGCGAUCGUCGGCUUGGCUGGCGAUGAGGUUGGCCACGGCAUUCAGCUGGUUGGUCCCAACUGGAUGGUUUUCGCUGGCACCGUGGUGUUUUCCUUUGAGUGCAUCAACUUUGUCAUUCCGAUGUAUGAUGCCCACGAGCAGAAAGAAACGUUUGCUCCCAUUCUUGUGGCAACUCUGCUUGGCGUUUGCGUCUUGUUCAUCGUGUUCGGAGCUGUGAACUACCUCCGUUACGGUGAAGAGACGAGGGACGUGAUCACAUUGAACCUGCCGAAGGGCACCAGGGUCGGACAUGUGCUUCCCUUUGCCUUUGCUCUGGCAUCACUGUUCAACGUGCCUCUCUUCCUCUUCCCAGCGGCUACUUUCCUGGAAACGCUGCUCUUCGGAGCUGUCUCAAGUCCUGGUCCUCAGACGCUGUUGAAGAUCAACAGCAUGAGGACACUUUUGAUUUGUACUUGUGCCGUCAUCUCGCUGUUCGGCAAAGAUCGAAUUGAUGCUUUUAUCUCACUGAUUGGGUCUUUUUGCUGUGUGCCUUUGGCUUUCAUUUUUCCAAUCAUUUGCUACAUCAAGAUCUGCAAGCCUGGCAAAGUGGAGAGCGCGCUGGGUGGAGCUGUGCUUCUCCUGGGUUCCGUGCUGUUUGUCUACACCUCUUGGUCAGCUGUCAAACAGCUUACUCAGCACACUCAUCACUAG